UAGAUGGCAUGAAGGUCCCGGGUUGGAAGGAGGGCAAUGGUCGCCAACCUCCCGUCUCCAGAGACGCAGCCUCCCGGCAGCCCAAGCUCUGCCCCACCCGCUCCGCCCCGCCCCCGGCCUCGCGCCGCCCCUCGCGCUCCCAGGCCGCCGGGGCUCGCGGGGCUCGCUGCCCAUCACCCUCGGGCCCGACCCGAGCUACCGCUGGGGCCGUGGCGCGACGGGGAACCCCAGGCCUCUGCACCUAGGGGCCCUCGCACAGCGCCGUUAAGAACGCCCGAGGCGAAGCCCGCAGCCCCAGCCCAACGCACCUGCCUAGGCCCCGGGGCGGCCCCGGCUAGAAUCCCCGCGAGUCCCGGAGAUCCUGUUCCACAUCCAAGCCCAGGUCGGCGUCCGGGAGGUCCCGGAAGUGGCUGGGCCGCAGGCUUCCGGUACAGGUCAGGAAAAAUGGCAGUGGCCAUCGUAUUCCCGGCUCUGGCACGGAUGCUUGCUCUGUCCAGGCGCCACCCAGUGUCUCCUUUGCUCAGCAUGACAUCAUUCAGACACUUCUGCAGAGGUGACAGCCCAACAGAUUCCCAAAAAGAUAUGAUUGAAAUCCCUUUGCCUCCAUGGCAGGAGCGAACUGAUGAAUCCAUAGAAACCAAAAGAGCCCGCCUGCUCUAUGAGAGCAGAAAGAGGGGAAUGCUGGAAAACUGCAUUCUGCUUAGCCUCUUUGCUAAAGAAUAUCUGCACCACAUGACAGAGAAACAGCUGAACCUCUACGAUCGCCUGAUUAAUGAGCCUAGCAAUGACUGGGAUAUUUACUACUGGGCUACAGAAGCAAAACCAGCGCCAGAAAUAUUUGAAAAUGAAGUCAUGGCACUACUGAGAGACUUCGCUAAAAACAAAAACAAAGAGCAGAGACUGCGUGCCCCCGAUCUUGAAUACCUCUUUGAAAAGCCACGUUGAGCUGUGCACCACUGCCUGGUGGACCCUAACUGCUUAUGAUGGAUGCUGACCUUGAAUUCCUGCUUUUCCUUAGACACUCAGCCCACCCGGACCAUUCGUCCUGCCUCAAAUGAUGGGCCCACCUCUUCCCUGAGCCAUGUAAAUGUUCACUGUGUCUCAUUCUGACACUUUUGUUCAAUUCUAGGCCUCAGCAGCGGUUUGUCAGUCGCCUGGCUGUCUCUCUGGCAGGUCUCUGCCACAGGAGGGCACUGCGGGGAAGCGACUGGCCUCGCUCAUUGCUGCAGCCAGAAACGGCCUUGUCAAUAGAGGUAGCCCGCUGCGCGUGCUGUGUGGAAAGCUUCCCGAGCGGCUCAGGGCUUUGUCCAAGGGGAAUUCCCCCCGCCAGCCUGGGAGGGUUCUUUCUGCCCACGAAACUGAUCCAAGCCCCCUGAGUGGAAUCCCUCAAUGGCACGGCAGGCAGAGUAAGGGCAGCAGUCAGUAAUGUUCUGUGUAUCUGCUUAAGACUCAGCGUCCCUCCUCGUCAGGGUCUCUCCAAAAUGUUCACUUUGUAAACUGAACAAUAAUUGAAUAUUAAAGCAUGUUUUGAAAAG